CAGACAGUCUGUGAGCCCGGUGCAAUUCUGUUUAUUACAUGGUCGUGUUAAAUGAUCAUAAUCCAAAUAGUAGAAUUUUUUUAAGUAACUUUUGUUAGCUGAACCAGCUAAAUAAAAUGGGCCAGUAAUUGCCCGCGACUGUGAUGAUCUGUUAGAUAAGGGACCGGUGCGCGUAGGAUUGCCUCUGGCAGUUCAUGAAAAGCCUUGUUUACAGUGUGAUGUGUACUUAUAAAAUGUGGAAUUUCAAAAGCUGCAUGCUUCUGCCAUUGAGAUUUUUAGUGCUGACAGUCUGCGGUUUGCUUUCUUGCUAUGGGAUUGCCAGUUUGGAAAAAAACUUUCUUCGUAGACAAAAUGAAACUCCCGCUUAUGUCAGUCAUUUCGGAAUGUAUUUACCGGAGUCAUCUCUAUUUGUAUUCGUUUUCAAUUGGAGUGCUGCGUGUUUGUUUGUUAUGUGUUUAUCAUUUUACAAAUUUGUCUGUGCACAGUUAGGUAAUUCAUUAUUAAAUGUUGCUGCGUUUGUAUUUGGCUGCAUCACGUCAAGUGGAAUUACCGUCGUUGCUUGUUUUCCGUGGAGGGAUCAUUUAGUCGGAAUUCACAUAACUGGAGCAGCGAUGGCGUUUUGUGGUGGAACGUUACAGUGCUGGCUGAUUUGUUUAAUUACAUGGAAGCUUUGUCGCAAGAGAUCCGGUUUUCCUUAUUUAUUCCUCAUCAGAAUAACUCUAGCAUCGAUUCACACCGUUUGCAUUAUUUUACUUGGCUCCUUUCUUGGUCUAAUAUUUUUGUCAAAUUGGGAAAAAAGAGAGCCGGCGGUCAUCUCAGAAUGGAUAAUGUUGUUUGCACAAUUACUUUUUUAUACAAGUAUGUCGCACGAGUUUAGUAAAAUUAAAUUCAUUCAACUAGAAUUGAAAUACUUCAAGAAAUCGUCGAGAACAUUACAUGGUGUUUGCAAUGAGGUAGUUGAAAUGGAAAUCUCUGAAUAUCCGGAAGGGGAACAAGUAAUCGAAUCAGAAAAUACUGUAAAAGUAACGUCAUCUUCAAAUGACGUGUAACCAUUUGUUUGAAACUGUUGCGUUACGUCUUUACUGUUGACAUUGUUUCAACGGUUAUGAUUUCAAGUUCCUGACCAAGUUAUCAGGUUAACCAAAUUAACUUUCACACUUUAUAGUUAUUUAAAUUUGAAGAAGCUUGUCGUGCACCUUG